CUGCUAGGGCGGCUGUUGUCUCAAUCGGCGGGAUCCCGCAUUGUUAUCUCGACAGCUGUGAGAAUUUGUUUUGUAUCCUUUCUGGGGACUCGCAAUGGUUGAUGUUGUUUCCCGCCUCCAUGACCCAUCGCCGCAAAACACGCGUUAAGUCGCGGAUAUUUCAAUGCCUCCCGAUUCCGCCCAACGAAGAGCUUUAAUCCAUGAAGACCCGGCCCUUUCAGAUGAAGAUGUCGGCUUCCUCUUCCAGAUUAUCACCCGCGCGGAGCGUGAUCCAGAAGCUGUUCGCCUUCCGUACAGAGUGUUGUUCAAGGAAUAUGAUGAGGUUAUUGCGGAGCAUGGAUCGGAUGCGGAUCCAGGCUAUGCCUGUAUGCGUUUCCUGUUCAAGAUGGGAAGUAAAGAUGUCGUAGGGGAGACCCUCUUCGACAAAUUUGAAAACCUGCUUCAACAGAUGGGCAUCCUGAUUGAAUUUGGGAACGAGGAGACUGAGAAUGACCCUCUUACCGAUAAUCUGUCCUCUGUUGAUGUUCAGUUGAGGAAGAGGGUCGACCCGCCUUCAAGAGAGGAUACUAUACAGACACCGCGGCGCAGACGAGCAUCGUUCAAUUCAAUGUACGAUAUCGGCGACGACCCUACGCAGAGAAGUUUUAUAAACCGCCCAAGUUCUCGUUCCUCGAUGUCGCGAUUACAAAUAGGGAAGCCUGAGUUCCUUGAUUCCCUAUCGCCAAGUCGUACACCUGGUCAGAAGAGAUCUGAAUCACCGGAUAGAACUCAAUUGAUUGCACAGUUCCUAGAAGUCGGUCGGCGCCUUAUGAGUCGGAUGGACCUCCUGGAAUCGACUAAGAAAAGGUCUAGUGAGCCUGCCUCUGCCGUGAACGAGGAUCGUUCUCGAAGGAUAGCCGAAGCUUCGCAAGCUAAAGCCUCCAAAUCGCGUAGCAUUCGUUCGGUGAGCUCUAUCAGCUCCGAAGAGGAAGAAGAGGAAGGAUCCAUCGCUCCCUCAGAUGUUAUUUUUGAAAAGCCAGAGAUACCACCGGAGAUGAUCUACCGACCAUCACUGUCGGACUUGCUACGAGAUGCAUCGACAUUCAAUAUGUAUCGCCAGCGGGCAAUCAAUAGGCGCAUCAUCACUCAGUGGAUGAAAAAGGCCGUUCAAACACGGCAGACCCAUCGAGAUAUGGACAUGGUCUCUGUCAACCGGGAUCGAAGCACUCUUCUCCGCCAGGCCUUUGAAACGUGGCAUACAAUCAUCCGCAAUAAACGACAAGAAGCACGGACAGAACGGUUUUUCAGUCACUUGGAAAAGCGCGCUGCACGGGCUCGAGAUCUGUAUUUGAUGACGAAGGCAUUUACCCAUUGGGCCGAGGUGACUUCCGAUGAAGUUAAGAAAACUACAGCUGCACGACGACAUGUCCUUAGCGUCAAGUACUUCAAUGCAUGGCGUGAAAUAACAGCAAUCAACGUGCUAAAAGCCCAACGAUUCGCAUUACAACGACCCUUUCGGGCUUGGAAGAAAAAGGCGGACCAUGUGAAGAGUCUUGAAGAACAGGCAGUCGCUCACCAUAACCAAAAAUUAACACAUGGUUUCUACUGGAAAUGGUUUUGGAGUCUAUGCGAGCGACGCGCCCCCAAAUGGCAUGAUUACUGCCUCAAAAGGCGGUCUUUGCUGUACUGGCUGCGCACAUUUCGAACGAAUAGAGAACGAAUCCAUGAGAUUGAUGCCCAAAAUAAGCGCCUUGCACUUGGUUCUGCAUUGCAAGCGUUAUCUGAGAGAUCAAAAGCGAUCAUCUCCGCUGAGCAGAAGGCCGUUUCUAUCCAACGUCAUCAACUCCUUGAGGACUCAUUAGGAGAAUGGAGAAUCCAGGCUCGUCUGGCUCCAGCCGCCUCCCGUGUUGCAGAAAUGGUUGAUCACCGCAUCCUCCAUUCAGCGUACAUGCAGUGGGUUAAGCGGGCUCACAUGCUAAAACAAGCAAGAGAGAUGGACCAGCGGAGAAUUGUGCGGAACUCGUGGAUUGCAUGGAAUGACCAGCUCCGUUGUCAAGCCCUUAGCGCCCGCAUCGAAGAGCGCUUGAAGAUGGAGGCUAUGUAUAAAUGGAUUUUGGCAGAGCGAUUCCGUCUCAUGCAGCGGAUCCGCGAACAGCGAAUCAAACGGGAGGUUUUUUCUCACUUUGUGACAAAUAUCCGUAGCACUUACUCCGAAUUGCUAUAUCACGCCGACAUACAUCAAGACCGUCGGAAUGCAGAUCUGAUCCGGUCGAAGUUUACUUGCUGGCGGGACCAGCUUGCAUUACAACGUCAACGUGAUGUCGUCGCCUUUGAGUUCUACGCACCACGACUUGUACAGGAAUCACUUGUGGCUUGGCGCUCAAAAACCCAGCAUGUCGCCAAAUUAGACGAGUGGACUCGGGAUGCUAGGUUUUACUUCCUCGCGACUGGCACUUUGAAGCGUUGGCAUGCGACUACCUUAGACUCCGCUAAACGUCGUCGACAGGAGGCUUACGCCAAAGUAAGACGGAAGACUAAGAUUAAUCUAGCCUCCAAGGUGUUCAGGGAGUGGAAAUUCAAGACGCAGAAUGCCACCGAAAUGGAGGAGCAAGCGGGUCAGAUUUACAGGAAGAAAUCCUUAAGCAUAACAUCCGAAAUGCUAAGCCGCUGGCAAGAGAAAACUGCGAAGCGACUCGAAGAGUGUGAUGAUGCAGACACAUUUUACUUCCAGCAGAUUGCCUACGACCAACUCAUACGAUGGGCCGAAGCAGUGGUUGGAUAUCGGCAGCUGGACGAGCAGGCUGUCGGUAUGUAUCGCUUACAUGUGCUCGGCCAAGCCAACAUUCAGCUGCGCAAGCUUAGCCUUCAGGUGUUUCAGAUCAAGAGUAGGUCGGAAACCGCAGAGGCUAUGAGAGACAGGAAUCUUCGAAAACAUUCCCGGGGCAUGUUCCGUCAUUGGGUAGAUAAAGCUAGGAUGAGCCUCGAGGCUCGUGAUUUACCAGGGCCCUUAGUGAGCCCUACAAAAACCCCUAAUCAUGUGGCUAGCAGCGGUGCAGAACGAUCGAUAUUUGACCCCUGGUAUCCUGUUGAGACCCCGUUUAAGACGCAUGACUUUGUUUCUGAAAACCACGUUUCCUCAGCGACCCCGUUAGCUACGCCCAACUACAUGACUUCACCGUCCAGAAGAGCUGCAAGGGCACGCGCCUUAGCCCGAGCUUCCACCACUCCAGCCACACCUCUAGUAACACCGUUUGCUAGUAGGCUCCUGCGCGCGGAGGUCUUGAAUACCCAGAGCACCUCGACUCGACGAGAUCGCAAUGGACGCGGCAGCGCUCUGGGCACAAGCGUUCGAUUCGUGGACGAGGAGCCAGAGUCACCCACAGACGGGAGGAAAUCAGCCAAUCGACGAAUAUGAGGCCUCCUGGCAGGUUUAUAUGUAUAUGUAUAUGUUGUUAUGUUAAAAUAUCAUGAUGGCUGGUUGGGGCUGGGAUGGUGAUUUUAAUACCCUGUUGCAGCAUCGGGCGUGCGAAGAGCUGUUUUGUUCGCUAUAUUGAAUGCGCGGCAUACGUUGAAUUAUAGCUACGACCUCUAGACAAAAGAAAUGAAUCUCAAUAGAAUCGG